AUGCCUCUUCGUCUUAUAUCCAGGCGUCCUUCUCCGACGACGGCGUCAUUCACAGUUUCCAAUGCCUCCAGGCAUACGAGCACUGCCGCGAAGCUCUUCUUUUACUUCCAAUUCCUCGUUCGCGCUAUAAUAUUUGCGGGGGUACUUUUUUACCAUGCUGCGAGAUUCCGCCAUGUGUUCUUCAUCCAAGACGGAUCUCUCGUGCCCUGGACCGCAGUAUGGGCGAGCCCGCUGGGCUCCUUUGUUUGUCGCAUUGCCGAUACCUACAACUUCGCUUGCAUCGCAGCAGUGAGCGCCAUAUUAAUAUAUGCAGUGUUUAGGAAGGGCUAUACAGAAUCCCUCUUAGUUAUCCGCGGCCUAGGCAUCCAAACGUCCACGUCCUCUCCUACGUAUCUAUCCAAGGCUGCGACAAGGUUCAUUCCAACGACUGAAAUCCAGGACAUUGUCAUACAUGAGGCUUUCAAGGGUUUCGAGGUGCGCUUCUACCUUGCUGUGGUGGUUGUAGGCGAGCCAGAGGUUGUUGUGGUCUUUCCAAAACUCCUACCGAACAGAGCAAAGCUUGAAGAAGUUUGGAGAGGGUCUCGGCAUUGUCUGUACGACUCGAAACCAUGA